GUGCGUGACGCCGCCCUGAGGGUUUUGGCGGGACUUCCGAAAGCCGCCCCGCAGGACCAGCUGUGUUGACCGGGUCUUGAGGGGAGCUGAAACCUUCCGCUGGUCACGGGGUUGGAUUUGAAACUCGCCGAGGUUGUGCGCAGAGGGCCGGAGCAAGGCGUGGACAAGUGGGUCUCGGGUCGGGGCCGAGGCCCUCCGGGGGUCGAGCGUGCGCCGGAUCAGCGGACAGAAGCCCGAGCGAGCAACGCUGUUAGGCCCAGUGAUGGCUAUGCAGAUGCAGCUCGAAGCAAAUGCGGAUACUUCGGUAGAAGAAGAAAGCUUUGGCCCACAGCCUGUUUCACGGUUAGAGCAAUGUGGCAUAAAUGCCAAUGAUGUGAAGAAAUUGGAAGAAGCUGGAUUUCAUACUGUGGAGGCUGUUGCCUAUGCACCAAAGAAGGAGUUAAUAAACAUUAAAGGAAUUAGUGAAGCAAAAGCUGAUAAAAUUCUGACUGAGGCAGCUAAAUUGGUUCCAAUGGGUUUUACCACUGCAACUGAAUUCCACCAAAGACGAUCAGAGAUCAUACAGAUUACUACUGGCUCCAAAGAGCUUGACAAACUACUUCAAGGUGGAAUUGAGACUGGAUCUAUCACUGAGAUGUUUGGAGAAUUUCGAACCGGGAAGACCCAAAUCUGUCAUACACUGGCUGUAACAUGCCAGCUUCCCAUUGACCGAGGUGGAGGUGAAGGAAAGGCCAUGUACAUUGAUACCGAGGGUACCUUUAGGCCAGAACGGCUAUUAGCAGUGGCUGAGAGGUAUGGCCUCUCUGGCAGCGAUGUUCUGGAUAAUGUAGCCUAUGCUCGGGGCUUCAACACAGACCACCAGACCCAGCUCCUGUAUCAAGCAUCAGCCAUGAUGGUAGAGUCCAGGUAUGCACUGCUUAUCGUAGACAGUGCCACCGCCCUCUACAGAACAGACUACUCGGGUCGAGGUGAGCUCUCAGCCAGGCAGAUGCACCUGGCCAGGUUUCUACGGAUGCUUCUGCGACUUGCUGAUGAGUUUGGUGUAGCAGUGGUCAUCACCAACCAGGUGGUAGCCCAAGUGGAUGGAGCAGCCAUGUUUGCUGCAGAUCCUAAAAAGCCUAUUGGAGGAAAUAUCAUAGCCCAUGCAUCAACAACCAGACUGUACCUGAGGAAAGGAAGAGGGGAAACCAGAAUCUGCAAAAUCUACGACUCUCCUUGUCUUCCUGAAGCUGAGGCCAUGUUUGCCAUCAAUGCAGAUGGAGUGGGGGAUGCCAAAGAAUGAACAUUGGUUUUUUUCCGGUGAUAAACCUUAAGUGCUACAGCCUAACGAGAGGACUGCUCCUUGGGGGAUUCUUCACAGCUGUCUUCCUGUUGUGACUGCCAGGAAGAGACUUCUGGAAAAACACCUAUUGUAUUAGCUGAUGGUCAGUGUCACACAAACUGAUCCGAAAUGUUUAUUGGACAAUUAUAGGUCUCUAAGAGAACUAAAGCUGGGAGACCUAACUCUCUUCUGAGAAAUGGUAAUAAAGCAUAAUGCCUGAACUGUGCAGCAAAGGGGAUGAGUCUCCCAAACUCUUAAGAAUGUUAAGGAACUUGGCAUGUGGGCCUGCUGGCCUUUUACCAUCUUCUUGCUUGGUCUUUCGCUGUGAAUUAAGCAUUUUAGUGGCAGACUAAGUAGAUUCAGUGUGAAACUGCUAACACAGUAGUUGUCUGACUCUAGACAGCACAUUUACUACAGUCUUGUGCAAGCUAAAUACUUCAAGCUAGUUUCCAUAGUAUCCCUUCUGGCACUGGGUGGGGGUGAUUGGGUUAUGUUGCAUUCAAAGGCAAUCCUACAUUUACAUGAUUUAAUGUGUGUCCUUCAGCCUAAUGGAAAACAUAUGCCGUGGCCUUUGUUUUAUUUCAUAAAUCUCAUGUUGUGAAUGUC